AGGUGUUAUUAUUUUAUGGAUACUAUCUGACAGGGUUUUUGGGCGGGGGGUUUUCAGUUUCCUCUUUUUAAAUUUGUACAAUUUCCUUAAAAAUGCUUUCUUUAUCCGUUUAAACAAACGAUGAAUGGAGGAGGGUUCUAAGAAUGUUCUUUCUUGGUGUUGAGAGUUUCUAUCAUAUCCUUAUCUUUUUUGCAUUGCAUAUGGAUAUUGUGCUUAUGAUGGUUCGUUCAUAUUGAUUUGAGAUGGAUCACGUGGAUAUGGUACGAGUAGAUGCAUAAGACCAGACUUUGUGACUUAUGUUGGUGGGGUGAUUCAUAUAUAGCCUUUAUUCCGACUGAUCAUGAAAAAUGUUGUGUUGGAAUGUUUUUAUGCUUCUUGUCAUUCUUAUUGUGUGUUGACUGGUAGUGGCUCUUUUCAUCUUUUCCCAAAUUUUGAUGUAUUGAAAUAAGUAACCUCAGUACAUUUUUCACACUUACAUUUGUUUAUUUUGAUCUAUUUACCAGAGAGGAGGACCUUGCAAAAUCAUAGAGAUCUUGAUAAUCCAAGUACUCUCCUUGAAUGUUGGAAUAGGACUAUCACAUCAGUCAAUUUUGUAGUGAUCAAGCAGCCAAUCAUGGUUGAAAUAUGUACUUUGAGCUGUGUAUUUAAGAUGUGAAGCUUUCAUUUACUUGGACAUCUAGCAGAACUUAGGGUAUAACAACAGCUAGAUAUAAUUUAAGCAUAUCAGAUCGUAAUCUAUUAUCCCUAAUAUCCUGGUUGAUAACCAAAUCGAUAAAUGAAGAUAAUGAAACUUGAGGGUUUGAGUUUGGCAUAAAAUUCUGCAAUACAAAGGUCUUCUAUUUCUUAGAUUAUUUGGUGCAGUUCACCACAAAAGUUGUGUAACAUGAUGUUUUUACACUGUAAAUUUGGGCAAAAAAUCUCUGUUGUUCUGUGUUCUUCGAAUCUUUCUUGGUAUGGUUGAUGAGAUAUGGUGUUGCAGAAGAGGUUAGAUUAUGGAUUUAAUGGCUAUCAGGUGCCUCCUAUACCUCGAGCUACCAGAUCGGUUAGGAGAAGGGGUAUUAUUAAGAGAAAAGCUGAUGGCAAUGGAACUUGUCACUUUGACUUGUUAGCUACUGUAGCUGGCAAGUUACUGGGGGAAGGAGAGAGUUCGCCUGAUUCUAAGGGUUCUGUUAAAGGGAAGGAGAAAGGUGCAAUUGUGAAAGAUGAAAAGGUUAAGGAGGCUGAGGAUAAAUCUCUAAAAGAAAAAUCUUAUACUGAAGGCUGUUAUGAACGGGGCUUCUUUAUUUCUGAGCUUGUCUCACAAGCUCCAGUUGUAAAUCGUUCUUUAAGCGAACUGCCACAUGUUCAAAAUGAUACGAUCUCUAGACCUGCAUCUGCCAGUAUGAGUUCUGAUUGCUCUGAGAAGUUACUCUUUGCUAAACAGUUUGUAAAUGGUGAAAGCAGCGAGGAACAUGAAAACUUUUGUUCGAAGACAGAACGGGAGGCGUCUGGCUGUGGAGUCUUUUCCAGUUGUACAUUAGACACUGAAAACGAUAAACAGAUGAAAAUUGAGCUGUCAAAUAAAGCUAAAGUUUUGACUGAUAAGGGGACUGCAAUUUCCAGUUCAAAGUUCCCUGAUGUUUGGGACAAGAAACCUUCAACACUUGUUACUUCAGAUGAAAAUGUAAAAUUAUCUCUGUCUACAUAUCCUGCUCCUUCUAGGUCCUUUCCGGUGAUUCGGGAUAAUGUAAAAUUAGCUUAUAAAGAUGAUGACGAAAACUCUGGGUGCACUCAACCUAGCACCCCAAAUAAGGCCUCCGGGGCAGCACCAUGUUUACGGGAUCGGCCAAUUAAGAAGUUACUAGCUUCCAAAUAUUGGAAAGAAAAUCUUAAAUUUGAUGACGAGGGCCAUGCCAAUUCUGGUGGGAAAGCAAUGCAUGUUUACUACAACAGAAACAUUGGCUACAAGCGGGACGGCUACAAGCACCAAAGAUCUCAGAGGGAUUUUCCUUUCAAGAAAAGAAAGGUCUUUAAAUGUGGCUCGUUCUCCAAUUCUGAUGGAGAGAUGAGUACGGAUGGAAUAAGUAGUUCUCCAACAAAUGACUUGCAUGGAAAUGCUUCCGGUAGUAGUAAAGCAUCUUCAGGAGGCUGCGCAGCGGUUGGAACGUCAGUUUUCAGUGGAGGUCGUCCAUUCCUCAGGCCUGGUGAUUCCCAUGUUAAGUUUAGAAUUAAGUCCUUCAAGGUUCCUGAGCUUUUUGUUGAUAUUCCGGAAAAUGCAACUAUUGGUUCUUUAAAGAGGACUGUAAUGGAAGCAGUGACUGCUAUACUUGGUGGUGGACUACGAAUCGGUGUGGUUUUUCAGGGUAAGAAGGUUAGAGAUGAUAACAAAACCUUGUUACAGACUGGAAUAUCUCACGAUUACAAGCUUGACGCUCUGGGCUUCUCACUUGAGCCCAAUCCCGUUCAAACUUCCCAACCUCUUGGUCAAGACUGUCGUUCUUGUGUACUUCCUUAUGAAACACCUCAACCGCUAACAAGUAUAUAUGUCAGCAGGUGCCCAUCUCCUUCUACUGUGAUUCAUACUGGCAUUCAUCAAGGGAGAUCUGAUGAUCAUACAGGAACAAGUUUGAGUACCUUUCUUGAAAGUGACCAUGAAUCGGCUCCAUCUCCUCAUUAUGCGGCUCUAGAGAAAAUUUCUGCAAAUUCAAGAGCAUUGGUUCCACUAACUGCAGUAAAUGCAGAAGCCUUGUCUGCAGUCCCAUUGCGGAAGCCCAAGCGAUCCGAGGCCACCCAACGUCGAAUCCGUAGACCUUUUUCUGUCUCUGAAGUGGAAGCACUUGUUCAAGCUGUUGAGAAGCUUGGAACAGGAAGAUGGCGUGACGUGAAACUUCGAGCUUUUGAUAAUGCCAAACAUAGAACUUAUGUUGAUUUGAAGGACAAAUGGAAAACCCUGGUGCACACAGCAAGAAUAUCCCCUCAGCAAAGGAGGGGCGAGCCGGUGCCACAAGAGCUCUUGGACAGGGUCCUCACCGCUCACGCUUACUGGUCCCAACAGCAAGCCAAGCAACAGAUGAAACAGCCAUCGGAGACUUACCUUCUUCUCUAGGAACGUCGUGGAAGUGGGUGGGGAGUAAAUAAGAGUUUUAGAUUAUUUUGUUAGUGUAAAAGGUGUUAUGUUAAUAAAAGUUAUACCGGGGAAAGUGAUCAAGUUCCUUCCCAAGAGGAGUUGAAGCUGCUCUUGUAAAUGUUUUGAUAGAAUAAAGUGUUUUUGCUAACAGAAUUUUUUUAUAUUAAAUGCUUCUUUUCAUGGAAAGAAGUUCUUUCUGAGGUAAGGGUGUUGUAUUUUGUAGUUUAUUUGUCCCUUCAAUAGAAAAGGGAAAUGUAGUUGAUUGUAAAACUUUAGUUCAAUAUCAUACUAAUAUAAUUCUCAUGUUUUUUGGACAUGAAUAUUAAUUUUGA